AUGUCGCAGCCUCGCGGAGGGCGUGGCGGUGGGCGUGGCGGCGGUGCUGGGGGCGCCGGUGUUGGCCGCAAAACCCCCUCCUCCCUCACCGGUCCACCGGAUGACUCGGCCACGCCCAGCGAACGGGCAACGCCCGCCAGCAAGGCCGACUCGGAUCCCAAGGACGACAGCUCGAGCAAUGGCGACAAGAAGGACAUGGACCUCUUCCCCGCCCCCAAGCCCCCCAGUGCCGGCGCCUCCAUCCGGGACACGGCCAACAAGGUCCUCGGACUGGCCAUGAAGAGCGAGUGGACGCCCAUCGAGGCGGAGCUCAAGAAGCUGGAGAAGUACGUGGCCAAUGUGGGCGAGGACGGCAACCACAUUCCGCUGGCCGGAGUCCACGACAUGAAUACCGGCAUGACGCCGCUGAUGUACGCCACGAAGGACAAUAAGACCGCCAUUAUGGAUCGCAUGAUUGAGCUGGGCGCCGAUGUGGGAGCCCGGAAUAAUGAUAAUUAUAAUGUGCUACACAUUGCGGCAAUGUAUUCGCGUGAGGAUGUCGUCAAAUUGUUGCUAACAAAACGCGGCGUCGAUCCCUUCUCCACCGGUGGCUCGCGUUCACAAACUGCGGUGCAUUUGGUGUCGAGUCGGCAAACCGGAACUGCCACCAAUAUCCUCCGCGCUCUUCUCGCGGCUGCUGGCAAGGAUAUCCGCUUGAAAGCGGACGGCCGUGGCAAAAUCCCAUUGCUCCUCGCCGUGGAGUCGGGAAACCAGUCCAUGUGCAGGGAGCUCCUGGCGGCCCAAACUGCGGACCAACUAAAGGCAACGACGGCCAAUGGAGACACGGCCUUGCAUUUGGCCGCCAGACGGCGGGACGUGGACAUGGUCCGCAUCCUGGUCGACUACGGAACGAAUGUGGACACGCAGAACGGGGAGGGCCAGACGCCACUCCACAUCGCCGCCGCCGAAGGUGAUGAGGCCCUACUCAAGUACUUCUAUGGCGUGCGCGCCUCAGCGUCCAUUGCGGACAAUCAAGAUCGCACUCCGAUGCACUUGGCCGCCGAGAAUGGGCACGCGCACGUCAUCGAGAUACUGGCCGACAAGUUCAAGGCGAGCAUCUUCGAGCGCACCAAGGAUGGCAGCACGCUGAUGCACAUUGCGUCGCUCAACGGCCAUGCUGAGUGCGCCACGAUGCUCUUCAAGAAGGGCGUCUACCUCCACAUGCCCAACAAGGAUGGGGCUCGAAGUAUCCACACCGCGGCGGCCUAUGGCCACACGGGGAUCAUCAACACGCUGCUGCAGAAGGGCGAGAAAGUGGAUGUGACCACCAAUGACAACUAUACGGCUCUGCACAUAGCCGUGGAGUCCGCCAAGCCCGCUGUUGUGGAAACCUUACUAGGAUUCGGGGCAGAUGUCCAUGUCCGGGGGGGAAAACUACGCGAGACCCCGUUGCACAUCGCCGCAAGAGUGAAGGAUGGUGAUCGGUGUGCCCUCAUGCUGCUGAAGUCGGGGGCCAGUCCCAAUUUGACCACGGAUGACUGCCUGACCCCGGUUCACGUGGCUGCCCGACAUGGUAACCUGGCCACCCUGAUGCAGUUGCUCGAGGACGAGGGAGAUCCGCUGUAUAAGUCAAAUACUGGUGAGACACCCCUCCACAUGGCCUGUCGAGCCUGCCACCCAGACAUAGUGCGUCAUCUGAUCGAGACGGUGAAGGAGAAGCACGGUCCGGAUAAGGCCACCACCUACAUAAACUCGGUGAACGAGGAUGGCGCCACGGCGUUGCACUACACCUGCCAAAUCACCAAGGAGGAGGUCAAGAUUCCCGAAUCCGACAAGCAGAUCGUUCGCAUGCUCCUCGAAAACGGAGCGGAUGUCACGUUGCAAACGAAGAACGCAUUGGAGACGGCCUUCCACUAUUGCGCGGUGGCCGGAAAUAACGAUGUGCUGAUGGAGAUGAUCUCGCACAUGAAUCCCACGGACAUCCAGAAGGCCAUGAACCGGCAGUCCUCGGUGGGUUGGACACCACUGCUCAUCGCCUGCCAUCGCGGACACAUGGAGCUGGUGAACAAUCUCCUGGCGAACCACGCUCGAGUGGAUGUCUUUGAUACGGAGGGAAGAUCUGCCCUGCAUUUGGCAGCGGAGCGAGGAUACCUGCAUGUGUGCGAUGCCCUGCUGACCAAUAAGGCCUUCAUUAAUUCCAAGUCACGCGUGGGACGCACGGCCCUGCAUUUGGCCUCGAUGAAUGGGUUCACGCAUCUGGUGAAGUUCCUGAUCAAGGACCACAAUGCGGUCAUCGACAUCCUGACGCUGAGGAAGCAGACGCCGCUACAUUUGGCGGCGGCCAGUGGGCAGAUGGAGGUCUGCCAGCUGCUCCUCGAACUGGGCGCCAAUAUCGAUGCGACGGACGAUUUGGGACAGAAGCCCAUCCACGUCGCCGCCCAGAACAACUACUCUGAAGUGGCCAAACUCUUCCUGCAGCAGCAUCCCUCCCUGGUGAAUGCCACCAGCAAGGAUGGCAACACCUGUGCCCACAUCGCCGCCAUGCAGGGAUCCGUCAAGGUGAUCGAGGAGCUGAUGAAGUUCGAUCGAUCGGGUGUGAUUUCGGCACGGAACAAGCUCACCGAUGCCACGCCCCUGCAGCUGGCCGCCGAGGGCGGACAUGCGGAUGUGGUGAAGGCUCUGGUGAGAGCAGGUGCCUCCUGCACGGAGGAAAACAAGGCGGGCUUCACCGCCGUCCAUUUGGCGGCCCAAAAUGGGCAUGGUCAGGUCUUGGAUGUGCUGAAAAGCACAAAUUCCCUGAGGAUCAAUAGUAAAAAGCUGGGAUUGACGCCGCUUCACGUGGCUGCCUACUAUGGACAGGCGGAUACGGUGCGGGAACUGCUGACCAGUGUCCCAGCCACUGUGAAAUCGGAGACGCCAACGGGACAGAGUUUAUUCGGGGAUCUGGGCACUGAGUCCGGGAUGACACCACUCCACUUGGCGGCCUUUUCCGGGAACGAGAACGUGGUGCGACUGCUCCUCAACUCCGCGGGUGUUCAAGUGGAUGCGGCGACCAUCGAGAACGGCUAUAAUCCACUCCAUUUGGCUUGCUUCGGCGGACACAUGUCAGUGGUCGGUUUGCUCCUGAGUCGGUCGGCGGAACUCCUCCAGUCGCAGGAUCGUAACGGCAGGACGGGCCUGCACAUCGCCGCCAUGCAUGGCCACAUCCAGAUGGUGGAGAUUCUGCUCGGCCAGGGCGCGGAGAUCAACGCAACCGAUCGGAACGGUUGGACGCCACUGCAUUGUGCUGCCAAAGCUGGCCACUUGGAGGUGGUGAAGCUGCUGUGCGAGGCGGGUGCCUCUCCGAAGUCGGAGACCAACUACGGUUGUGCCGCCAUUUGGUUCGCCGCCUCCGAAGGACACAACGAGGUCCUGCGGUACCUGAUGAACAAGGAGCACGACACCUACGGCCUCAUGGAGGACAAGCGGUUCGUCUACAACCUGAUGGUGGUGUCCAAGAACCACAACAACAAGCCCAUCCAGGAGUUCGUCCUGGUUUCGCCAGCUCCAGUGGAUACGGCCGCCAAGUUGUCCAACAUCUACAUCGUUCUCUCGACGAAGGAAAAAGAACGCGCCAAGGAUCUGGUGGCUGCUGGCAAACAGUGCGAGGCAAUGGCCACGGAACUUUUGGCCCUGGCAGCUGGCUCUGAUUCCGCCGGAAAGAUCCUGCAGGCCACCGACAAGCGGAACGUGGAGUUUCUCGACGUCCUCAUAGAAAAUGAGCAGAAGGAAGUGAUUGCCCACACGGUGGUCCAGCGAUACUUGCAAGAACUCUGGCACGGAUCACUGACGUGGGCCUCCUGGAAGAUCCUGCUGCUGCUCGUGGCCUUCAUAGUCUGCCCACCGGUGUGGAUCGGGUUCACCUUCCCGAUGGGCCACAAGUUCAACAAGGUGCCGAUUAUCAAGUUCAUGUCGUACCUCACCUCGCACAUUUACCUCAUGAUCCACCUGAGCAUCGUGGGCAUAACGCCCAUCUACCCGGUACUCCGACUGAGUUUGGUGCCCUACUGGUACGAGGUGGGCCUCCUCAUCUGGCUGAGUGGCCUGCUGCUGUUCGAGCUGACGAAUCCGUCGGACAAGUCGGGACUGGGAUCGAUCAAGGUGCUGGUCCUGCUGCUGGGAAUGGCCGGCGUGGGUGUCCAUGUGUCGGCCUUUCUCUUCGUUUCGAAGGAGUACUGGCCCACGUUGGUAUACUGCCGCAAUCAGUGCUUCGCAUUGGCCUUCCUGCUGGCCUGUGUGCAGAUCCUGGACUUCCUGUCCUUCCACCACCUCUUCGGACCCUGGGCCAUCAUCAUUGGGGAUCUGCUGAAGGAUCUGGCCCGGUUCCUGGCCGUGUUGGCCAUCUUUGUGUUUGGCUUUUCCAUGCACAUCGUGGCCCUGAAUCAGAGCUUUGCCAACUUUUCGCCGGAGGAUCUGCGCAGCUUCGAGAAGAAGAACCGAAAUAGAGGAUAUUUCAGCGACGAUGACAUGCCCACCCCUCGACCUCCGCCCGUGGAGAAUUAUGUCGAUAGUCGCUUCAGCGAAUUCCGGCGAAAGCACAAGGACGACCGACCCAUGACGCCCUUUCUGGCUUUCGAGCGCCUCUUCUUCGCGGUCUUCGGACAGACGACCACCCUGGACAUCAAUCCCAUGCGACACUUGCGUCCCGAGUGGACCGAGGUGCUCUUCAAAUUUGUCUUUGGCAUCUACUUGUUGGUGUCUGUGGUUGUACUCAUUAACCUGCUAAUUGCCAUGAUGUCGGAUACUUAUCAGCGCAUUCAGGCCCAAUCCGACAUCGAGUGGAAAUUUGGCUUGUCCAAGCUUAUACGCAAUAUGCAUCGCACCACAACAGCGCCCUCGCCGCUUAAUUUAGUUACCACCUGGUUUAUGUGGAUCGUCGAGAAGGUCAAGGCACGCAUGAAGAAAAAGAAGCGUCCAAGUCUGGUUCAGAUGAUGGGAAUACGUCAGGCCAGUCCGCGAACCAAAGCCGGCGCCAAGUGGCUGUCGAAGAUCAAGAAAGGUGAGACAUACUCGGUGGCCCUGUCUCAGGUCCAUCUUUCUCCCCUGGGAUCGCAGGCCAGCUUUUCGCAGGCCAACCAGAAUCGCAUCGAGAACGUGGCCGACUGGGAGGCGAUCGCCAAGAAGUACCGGGCUCUGGUGGGCGACGAGGAGGGUGGUUCGCUGAAGGACUCGGAUGCGGAGAGCGGAUCGCAGGAGGGCAGCGGGGCGCCACAGCCGCCGGCACAGGUGGGCAGACGAGCCAUCAAGGCCGCCCCGGCAAACACUACAAAGAAAUAAAUGCACCCAGAAACGACACAAAAACAACACAGAAACGACACAGAAACUGCACUUUGGAUCGAUUAUUAACUACGUUUUGAUUGCAGGUCUAAGCUUCAACCUAUCUCUUCCAACUAUCCUUCCUGACUAUCUCUAUCUCUUCUCGACUAUCCAAGCGUCUGUCCUUCUGUACUCCUAAGAUCUAACCCUAAGAAACUCUAUCGCUAAGUUGCACUUGAGGGAUGGUUUUCUCAGGCUCCGGUUAACUUAAAAUUGUCUGUGGACUUUAACCCGCACCUUAAGCUUAACUGGAGUACACGAAAGCAAUCCUGAAAUACUUAAGCUAAGCCUCCACUUCCUAAACUAAUUUUAGCUAGAAUAUUGAAAUUGUUUUGGGUAACUUUUGAAGCGCAACGAAUUAUUUAUUUUGAUAUGAUUUUGUGUCGGCGAUUUCUACGAUAAACGAAACAACAAAACAAGUUUUCCAUGUUUGAGAUUUUUGAAAUAAGUAAGUUUACUCGUCCUUUUUGGACCACUUGAAUACGUCCACUUUGCCCUACAUUUUUUGAAACGAACUCCUAGCAUUUUGUAUUAAGCUGAUAAUUCCGACGAUCGACCGAUCGACCUUAGCGUUAAUUAUAAUUAUCUUAGCUAGUAAGUACGAGACUCUAGCUUCACUCGGAGCUAAAGGGCAGUCGGUUUUAUAAUAAUAUCGCAUAAUCUCAUUGUUUUUGGGUAACUGUCAAGUAACUACAUCCACUUUAUUUACUAAGCUUGAUUCCUUUUAUAUAAGAAAUGUAUGCCUUAAAAUUGUUAACUGUACUUGAAUGUAAAUAAAUAAGCCAUAUUUUAAAA